GUCCGCUGCCACUCCUGGGGCUCUCUGUGCCGGCUCCUGGGCUGAGUGUGCUCUGUGCACACUUUGAAUUUCUGUAGCCUUGUGAUGUGGGGAUUCUUAGCAGCAUCCCACAGAGUGGAAGCCAAGGUCCUGAGAGGCAAGGCCACUUGCCUAAGGUUGCUGGGCUUAUGUGAGCAGAGCCCUGGACUCCUUGCUGUACCAUGAGGCACCUCCUGGCCCUCCUCUCCUUACAAGCUUCCUACCAAGGACCCCAGAGGAUGGAAGCCCCUUGGUGGUGGCCGCUGGUCACUGUGCUCAUGGCUGGGGCUCAUUGUGUGGCUCUGGUUGACCAAGAAGCUUCGGAUCUCAUCCAUUCUGGCCCCCAGGACAGCAGCCCUGGGCCUGCCCUGCCCUGCCACAAAAUCUCUGUGAGCAACAUAGACUUUGCCUUCAAACUCUACAGACAGUUGGCUGUGAAUGCCCCUGGAGAGAACAUUCUCUUCUCCCCGGUGAGCAUCUCCCUGGCCUUGGCCAUGCUUUCUCGGGGGGCCCCAGGGGCCAGCAGGACCAAACUCCUGGAGGGCCUGGGGUUCAACCUCACUGUGGUGCCUGAGGCGGAGAUCCAGGAGGGCUUCUGGGAUCUGAUGCUCAGACUCCCUGGGCAGGGUCCCCGGCUCCUCUUGACCAUGGCCCAGCACAGGUUCAGUGGCCUGGGCACAAGGGCCAACCAGAGCCUAGAGGAGGCCCAAAAACACAUUGACGAAUACAUAGAGAAGCAGACCCAGGGGAAGCUUGGGGCCUGGGAGAAGGACCUCAGCAGUGAAACCACAGCAGUUCUGGUGAAUCACAUGCUCCUCAGAGCUGAGUGGAUGAAACCCUUUGACUCACGUGCCACCAGCCCAAAGGAGUUCUUUGUAGAUGAGCACAGGGCUGUGUGGGUGCCCAUGAUGAAGGAGAAGGCCAGCCACCGCUUCCUGCACGACCCUGAGUUGCAAUGCUCUGUGCUACAGAUGGACCAUGCUGGGAACACCACCACCUUCUUCAUCUUCCCCAACAGGGGCAAGAUGAGGCAGCUGGAAGAUGCCUUGCUGCCCGAAACACUGAUUAAAUGGGACAGUCUGCUCAGGACCAGAGAACUCGAUUUCCACUUCCCCAAAUUUUCCAUUUCUAGAACCUACAGACUGGAGAUGCUCCUCCCACAAGUGACUGUGGGUGGAGGCUUCCCUGGAGAGCCUGGACUGAACAUCUCUAAAGUCACUCAUAAGGCCAUGAUGACUCUGGAUGAGAAGGGCUCUGAAGCUGCUGCAGCCACCAGCAUUCAGCUUACCCCCAGGCCUCACCCAGACCUUGACCUCUCCCCCACUCCAGGCACUGAGUUCAGUCGGCCCUUCCUGGUGAUGACUUUCCACAUGGAAACGGGAAGCAUGCUUUUUCUGGGGAAGAUUGUAAAUCCACUGGGAUAAUGCCCCCUCAGACAUGCUGGGUGACUCAGAGGGAACAGAAUGGCCCACACAGCAGGGAGCUUCUAUUAUAGACUCCAGUUAAAUGAAAAGUUGCAUAUACCUGGGUUUUUUUGCUUGGUUUUCACAGGAACCCAUGGGGGUAAGGUGAUCAAGGCUGUUCUCCCUGCACACAGGCAGUAAUUACCAUUGAGCAAACACCCACUAUGUACCAAAUGCUUUCUAUCUCUUAUCUCAUUUUUAAAUGAAUUAUCACAACAAUCCAACA